CAGUCCACUAGAAACGUCACGUAGCCUACCGACGCGCGUCGCUGAAGUGUUGCGAUCUACAUAGCAGAUACAACAGCAACGUGAAUUGUUUAAAUGUUACAUGUGCUCGCUGUAUACAAAUUAAGAAGAACACUGUGUAGAUAUCGAAAUGAGAAGCUACGAAUGGGUGGAUAGCUAUCAGCUAUUUUCACCGCCUCUUCGACUACCAACACGCCUAACCGCUCUAUUUGGUAGCCUAGCGAUUUUGUAGCCUAAACGUUAUUUAUUUAAGUUUUUACGCUGUAAACAGUGGCCCAAUAAAACAGACGAAACAUUUUCUGAAGAAAGUAUGGAUAGCGGAGGGUGUCCUUUAAAUGGUGGAGGGGGCGACAGUCACAGGCCGAGCAUGGGAUCCCAUACCGGGAUGAUCACACUGGAAGAUCUCGAGUCUUUCUCGGAGGAUCAGCUCUCCGACUCCGGGAACGGGAGUCUGGAAGAAGGUGAAACCAUGGAGGAGGACGAGGAGGACGACAGACUGCUGCAUUACUGGCAGGACGUGGCGAGAGGACAUCGUGUGGAGGUUCCUGGAGACAUGGCACAGCCAAUCCAGCAGAUCACCAGCAACAACAAUGGCGCACACACUCGCGAGAGCGUCCCAUUCACACUCCUCGGCCGAAAGGAAAAGUGUGGGGAUGUGCACUAUGAGAAGCGCCACUAUGAGAAAGCCCAUUGGGCCUGCAUCACAGUCUCCGAGGAAACGUAUGAGCAGAGCAUCUGCUGUGGCUUCAUGAGGAUCAUGAGAUACAUCUGCCAGCAAAACUCAGCAGGUAACUACCUGGGCAUGACGUUGCCCAUUGUGACUGUGGUGCACACAGACGAGAUGCGCAGGGACCUGAUGCGUGCCGUCACUGUGGCCUACUACCUGCCCGACCAGCACCAGGCCCAGCCGCCGCUGCCUCAAGACGCUGAGAUCACCAUUGAGGAGUGGCCCGCGGCCAUCAUCUACUCCAGACCUUUCACUGGGGCAACUAAUGAAGUAACGAUUGUUAACGAAAUCCAGGCCCUGUCAGAGGUGAUGGACACACCUGGCGACUGUGCUAACGACACCUUCAUCAUUGCCGGAUACACCAACCCUGCUCAUGCCAACCGACAAAACGAGAUCUGGUUCCUGGAGAGGCGCUGAAUGCCUCUGUUUUGAAAAGUUAUUGGAACACUCUCCCUUUUCUGAGUCCCUCUAACCUUCAGAGACAAACUUCAUUUAAGUCCGGUCCAAAACCGACCCAUUUUAUCCCAGCACACCCCCUUCAUCAGCCCCUACUCACCACCCUCACAAAAGCACACCUUGACCGUCCUCACUUGCUUUAGGAGGAAGUUCUGGGCCAGGGGUGCGGUAGUGGUAUGGGGUCUGGGAAUGGACUUCCCUUACCCUCAUGGGAUGGGAUUUCCAGCCCAGUGCUAGUCUGCAGCCUUAGAAAGACUUCAUGUUUCUCAUUAGCACAGCUUCUCUGUGUGGGCUUUAGGGCUAUGGCUAGCUUUCUCCAAGCUACCCACAGCCUCAACUCUGACAUAAAACACCCCAUCCCCACCCCAAGCCCUCAGAAAGUCAACAAAUAGGCAAGACUGGAGACAAGGGAGGACUUUUGCUCAGAGACGAGGACCUUUUGCCAAGGCCAUGGAAAUUAGUGACACUCUAGUGAAUCUUAAAAAUAAUGCUACAUUGAGGCUUGCCUUUGUCUCUGUUGCAGUCAUAGGAAAAAUAUUUCUUAGAGAAUAACAAAAGUUAGACAAUUACUCUGUAAAAAGUAGGAGGGGGAUUAUUACAAGUACUGUCCAGUGUAAAAACUACUACUUAGUGACUGGUUUCUGUAGAUGACAAAGAGCACAGAUGGUGAUUGAAAGGUAAGAAACCAGGUCAAUUUCAGCUGCACACAUCAAGUACAACUACCCUAACUCCUCAACCACAUGCACAACUUUAGACACUUAAACCGGUUGAAUGUAUGAACUCUCUCUCACGUAGUAACACGCAAACACAUACAGUAGAGGAAUAGUGAGUCACCUUUUAUUCUGCCAACCUGGAAAUCACUGCAUCACUACAAAACCAAAUAUUUGAAUUCUCACUUUCUUCCUGUAUGACAAUCAAGCAUGCCUUUUUUGCAUGCCGCAUUUUCUUGCUCCUAACUGUCUAAGCCAUGCUGUGAACAUACUGUCCCACACACACACACAUACACACUCACUCUUACACAGUUUCUGAUAUACCUCUAUCAAUCUAUUUCUUGCGUUACUUCGUGUCAGUGUUAGUGAGAAAGCACUUCUUGCCAGCUAACCUUGGCAACACUCAGCGACCUAGUAGAAGCAGUAAUAUGCUUGAUUGAAUGAGAGUUUGCUAACGUAGAAUAGAGAGAGAGAGAGAGAGAGAGAGAGAGAGAGAGAGAGAGAGAGAGAGAGAGAGAGUUAAUAGUGCUAUUUUUGUUAACUAUUUUUAAAGAAAAAAAUAUUACAUAAGGAAAAUAUAAUGACGCUUUGGUGUUUGUUUUCUUUCCUCUGCAUUUCAGUCUACUGUUUUAGAGGUCUGACAUAAAUUCUCACGAAUUUUACAGCAGUUUAUAGGAAAACAUUUUCUAUCUCUUCUAAGUCUGUCUUUUUAUUUAAUAAAAGUAACAAUUAAAGAGAAGCAAAAUGAUAUGUGCUGAUGUAAUUGGGUUGGUGUCUUUGCACUGUGAGACUGUUUUUCUUCCUAGAACCUUGUUGCUUAAAAAUGUCAUUGGCAAAAUGUUGCGUUGUUUGCUUUUGUUUGCUUUCUUCGCUGCUUGGUUUUGUUGCUUUCUUCGCAGUACUUUGUUCAAAAUCAUUUGCCAAAUCAAUAGCAGUUAGAGGGACAAUUGCUUUUUGGAUUUAACGCUCAAACUUUUGCAAGGCUUUGGCCAUUGACCAGGACCAGCUGGCAAUGCAAACAACACUCGAGCGAUUUCAACAUCUCAUCUUCAAGUGGAUACUCAAGUAACUCUUCACAACCUCUCCAGCAACUGAUGAUCCAUGCCAUUGUCUGAAAAACAAACCUUUGUUGCCAUUCUACUCUCUAAGUCUGUGUUGGACAAGAGAAGCGUGACGUUGCAAGCUGAGGCAGUCGGUAACAGGAUUUAAAACUGAGGGUCGUGCAGGAUUCCCUACAAUCUGACUGAGGGCAUUUCCAAGUCUAUUUUCAGGACUACCACUUCUACUACUGCUACUGAUCUGGUUAUCCGGAAGUUAGACAGAUUUUUGGCUGUUGGUUGUUCACACCCCCUCCCCCCCAAGUGUUUUGUAAAAGUGGUUUGUAUAGUAUUCAAGUCUGGAAAGCAUCAAUUAAGAGCUAAAGUGGAUUUAUUGAUUAUUUUGUUAAUGUUCAGUUCCUUUCUAUAAAAAAAAAACAAAUAAAUAUGAUCAUAAACCUUAUAAA